CUGUUUUUAUUGUUGUUACCUUUUAGCCGGUGUUUUUACGUAAAUAAUAUAAAAUAAGCAUUAAUAAUCUUGAUAAACAUAAUUAAGAAUAUGAAUAAAGCCUCUAGACUUUUCUGUCCUGCCCUGAUUACACCCAAAAAUGCGGUGGUCAAGCAAACGGAGCAACUGUCGCGGAGUCAAAAGCUCCUCACUGAACUGGGUUUGGUGAAAUCCGGAAGCAAUGGCACCUACCAGAUAAUGCCCAUGGCCCAGCGGUCGGUGGACAAAUUAAUUGGCCUGGUCCAGAGCAACAUGGGCUUGGCCGGCGGCCAGAAGAUCAGCCUGCCCAUCCUGACGUCCACGCAACUAUGGAAGAAGACGGGUCGCCUGGAGGGCGACAUAUCCGAGUUCUAUAUGGUGCGGGAUCGCAGCGGCAAGCAGUUCCUCAUGAGUCCAACCCACGAGGAGGCAGUAACUGCCAUGCUGGCCAGCACAUCCCCCAUUUCCUAUCGCCAGCUGCCCCUGAGACUCUACCAGAUUGGUCCCAAGUUCAGGGAUGAGCUCAAGUCACGGUUUGGCCUGAUGAGGGCCAAGGAGUUCCUGAUGAAGGACAUGUACACCUUCGAUGUGAACGAGGAAACAGCUACAAGGACGUACGCCACAGUCAGUGCCGCCUAUGAUAGGUUGUUCCAACAGCUAGAGGUGCCGUUUGUGAAGGUGAAUGCCGCCACGGGAAUAAUGGGUGGCAGUCUGUCCCACGAGUACCACUAUGUUUCACCCGUGGGCGAGGACACUCUGCUGCAAUGCAGCUCUUGUGGCUUUGCUGGGAACUCUGAAGUUCUGGAAUCCAGCCUGGAGGAGUCCCCAACAAGCUGCCCCAGUUGCAAGAGCACAAGUUUAAGCACAGUGCGCGGCGUUGAGGUGGCGCACACCUUCCUGCUUGGCGACAAAUACUCAAAACCCUUGGGUGCCACCUUCCUCAAUACCUCCGGCAAGCCGCAGUCCCUCAUCAUGGGUUGCUAUGGCAUUGGCAUCACCAGGAUUAUAGCCGCUGCUUUGGAAGUACUCUCCUCAGACCAUGAACUCCGCUGGCCCAAGCUCCUGGCGCCCUACGAUGUGUGUUUGAUUGGCCCAAAGCAGGGCAGCAAAGAGCAGCUACCGGCGGAGGCCAUAGAGAACGAAUUGCUGGGGAAUAUAGGCGAGUUGUGUGGCCACCAGGAGCUGCUGCACGACGAUCGUAAGGAGCUGACCAUUGGCAAACGCUUGCUGGAGGCCAAUCGCUUGGGACAUCCCCUCACCGUAGUUGUGGGCGCAAAAGCUGUGCAAUCCGAGGCACCCAAGCUUGAAGUGCACCUCAGCGAGGGCGAUUCCCUAGAGCUGGACGUAAACGAAGCCCUGAAGCUAGUGGCGGAACAUAGUCAACAUAAAAGGGAUCUCCUUCUGGGAAGAUUCGAGCAAUUCAACGAAAAAGUUGGCCAUCAGCUUUAGCUUUAUGCAAUAAAGUUAACAAUAACACAAAA